AUGUUCAAACCUGUGACACAUGUUUUGUUUGAUAUGGAUGGCUUGUUAUUAAAUACAGAGGAGCUGUAUACAAUAGGGUUCCAGCAAGUAGCAUCUCGGUUCGGAAAAGAAUUUACAUUUGAGUUGAAAUGUAAAAUUAUGGGUCAGCAAAGUAAAGAGUUCGCAGGAAUUAUUAUCGAAGACCUUGGCCUGCCACUUACAGUUGAUGAGUUCUUAACAGAAACUCGAGCGAUUUUCGAUAAUUUAUUUCCGCAAUGCAAGAUUAUGCCUGGAGUUGAAAGACUAGUCCGUCACCUCCACGACCACAAUGUUCCUAUUGGAUUAGCGACAAGCAGUAGUAAGGAGUCUUACGAUUUGAAGGCCGUCAAUCAUCAAGAGCUAUUCAACCUGUUUCCUUGCAAAACAUGGGGAACAUCUGACCCUGAGGUGAAAAAGGGCAAACCGUCUCCCGACAUCUUUUUUGUGGCUGCCAACAAAUUCCCAGACAAACCAGCCCCAGAGAAGUGUUUGGUGUUCGAAGACGCUCUCAACGGAGUGAAGGCGGCGCGUGCAGCGGGUAUGCAAGUCGUCAUGGUGCCCGACCCGCGUCUGGAUCGUUCGAUCGCUUCAGAGGCCACGCUAGUAUUGGACUCCAUUGCAGACUUCAAACCAGAACUAUUUGGUUUACCGCCAUAUAAAAAUUAA